UGUGCCCAAAGAAUGGCUUGCAGGGUUGGCAAUGUCGCCUCUCCCUUUCUCAUUUCCAAACGACACAAAAACACUCGCACACUCACAAAUCAGUCUCUCUCUCUCUCUCUCUCUCUCGGCAGUUAAGCUGCUCCAAUCUCUCCACCUACUCUCUCUCUCUCCAUUACAUUCCUUCAUUCAUUGCAAGUUGUUCUUUGUAAAGCUUGAAGCUUGUUUUGUUGCUAUGAAACCAUUUGCUCUGAUUUUCUGAGGAGAAAGAGAAAAUCAGCUCAGAAAGAAGUAAAAGAUGCCGCUGGUGAGGUUUCAGGUGCGGAACGAGUACAGCUUGGGGCAGCCUCAGUUAUACAAGGAGGUAAACAGAGAAGAUCCCAAAGCUGUGCUCGACGGCGUCGCCGUCUCUGGCCUCGUUGGGAUCUUACGCCAAUUGGGGGAUCUUGCCGAGUUUGCAGCAGAGGUCUUUCAUGGCUUGCAAGAGCAAGUGAUGACUACAGCUUCUAGAAGCCAUAAACUGAUUGUUCGUGUGCAACACAUUGAAGCUGCACUUCCUUCCCUCGAGAAGGCUGUACUUGCUCAAACAAGCCACAUACAUUUUGCUUACACCGGUGGUAUAGAGUGGCAUCCUCGUAUUCGAAAUGAGAAAAAUCAUUUGAUCUACAAUGACUUGCCGCGUUUUAUUAUGGAUUCAUACGAAGAAUGUCGGGAUCCUCCACGUUUGGAUUUACUGGACAAAUAUGAUACUGGUGGCCCAGGAUCUUGUUUGAAGAGAUAUUCAGAUCCAACCUUUUUCAAAAAAGCAUCAGCUAUCCCUGAUGAAGAAAAUGUUGAAAAAGUCCGAAGAUCUAGGAAAGCUCAAAGAAGCAAGAAGAAAAGAGGAUCACAACGUAAUGGAGAUGUAUUGCGUGGUGCAUCAGCAUCUAAUCGCAGUAGCAGAAUGCAACAUAUUUCUCCCAUUGUAAAUGGGCGAAGCUCAUCUUCUCAAACUGCCUCUACAGCAGACAUGGCAUUAAAAUCUGACCUGGGAGACAAUUCCAUUUCUUUUGAUUCAAGAACUGAGUUGGGAUAUAUUGAGUAUGCUGCCCAUCCAACUUCCUCCAUGCAAGCUGAAGAACAUGAAUCCAAGGAAUCACCUACUUCUAAGUUGGUGCAACAUGAUGAUACUAUUGAUUCUGUUUCGCCUGCUGAUCAAACUGGAUUUGUAGGUGAUAACUUUCCUGGAAGUUCAUUACAGGAUCAAGUUACCUCUGGUUCAUCUUGUGUUAACUGGGAUGAGAAAACAGAGAUAGUGGAUCCAAAAUGUCAACAAAAUGGUAUAGAUGAAAAUACAGAGAUACAUCCAACAAAAGAUGACUUGGAUGCACAUGAAGCCGGAGCUGGUAACUUUAGAAUUGUUGAGCGAAUGGAUGCCCUCUUUGUUGAUGAAAACAUUGUGGAAUCAAUUUUGAUCAGGAAUCAGACUGAUGAAAUUGAAAGUGAACCAGACAAUUUCAUGGAUGCUCUUAACACCAUUGAAUCAGAAUCUGAAACCGAUUUAGAUUGUCAAACAAAACGAGAAGUUGAACAUUUCGCCUCUGUUGUCAGCAACAAAGAACCAUACGGGGUGCAUGACAUUAGCCUCGAUUGUUCAGGCCUUCAAACUACAACUUUUGAAUUUCAUACUUCAACAUCUUACAUUUCCUUCGAAGCAGAAGUGCCGACAGAUCUGCCAAACUCAGCCUUGUCAGAGAGUCCUACACAUAAGCAGAUGCCUCAGAUAGACAUGGAACCUUCUAAUCCAAACCACACUGUAGGCACCAAUAGUGCUGACAUUUUUUAUGGUUCAUGGUUAGAAUCUGUUAGUGGUGAUUCAACAUCCUCUGGCUCCGGAACUACUAACUUGGAGGAUAAGACCAUAAGCAGUUUAUAUAUUCCUCAAGAAUCUCCUGCUGACAUUUCCAGGAGCAAUUCAACAUCUCCUUCCUCUGGAGCUACUAACGAGCAGGACAAGACCAUAAGCAGUUUAUGUGAGGCUCAAGAAUCCCCUGCUGACAUUUCCAGGAAUAAUUCAACACCCUCUGGCUCUGGAACUACGAAUGUGAAGGAUGAGAUCACAAGCCGUUUAUGUGAGUCUCAAGAAUCCCCUGCUGACAUUUCCAGGAAUAAUUCAACACCCUCUGGCUCUGGAACUACGAAUGUGAAGGAUGAGAUCACAAGCCGUUUAUGUGAGUCUCAAGAAUCCCCUGCUGACAUUUCCAGGAAUAAUUCAACACCAUCUGGCUUUGGAACUACGAAUGUGAAGGAUGAGAUCACAAGCCAUUUAUGUGAGUCUCAAGAAUCCCCCGCUGACAUUUCCAGGAAUAAUUCAACACCCUCUGGCUCUAGAACUACGAAUGUGAAGGAUGAGAUCACAAGCUGUUUAUGUGAGUCUCAAGAAUCCCCCGCUGACAUUUCCAGGAAUGAUUCAACACCCUCUGGCUCUGGAACUACGAAUGUGAAGGAUGAGAUCACAAGCCGUUUAUGUGAGUCUCAAGAAUCCCCUGCUGACAUUUCCAGGAAUAAUUCAACACCCUCUGGCUCUGGAACUACAAAUGUGAAGGAUGAGAUCACAAGCCAUUUAUGUGAGUCUCAAGAAUCCCCUGCUGACAUUUCCAGGAAUAAUUCAACACCCUCUGGCUCUGGAACUAUGAAUGUGAAGGAUGAGAUCACAAGCCGUUUAUGUGAGUCUCAAGAAUCCCCUGCUGAAAUUUCCAGGAAUAAUUCAACACCCUCUGGCUCUGGAACUAAGAAUGUGAAGGAUGAGAUCACAAGCCGUUUAUGUGAGUCUCAAGAAUCCCCUGCUGACAUUUCCAGGAAUAAUUCCAUAAAUUUCUGGACUAAUGGUGGCCUAUUAGGACUUGAGCCAUCCAAACCACCUGAUUUCACCAUGCCAAGUUCUAUAAGUCAAGAUUCUGCUAACAGAAGUCACAGUGAGACACACGAAUGCGAACAUAGUCCAUUAGUUGAGAAUGCUGGCUGUAAUGAUAAGGAUUUGAGUUCUAAAUGCUCCAUAUCAUGCUCGGAGAAUCAAGAUGAUGGCAUCACUUUCAAGAAAAUACCUAACGGAUUUUCACCCACUGAGUUGUAUCCAAAGCUUCGUAAUCUUGGUGAUACAAUGGAACCUGGGACUGUGUUGCCAGUUGUUCCAUAUGGAAAAUCCACUUCCAAUGAAGCGAUUCAGGGGAAUGAGGAAAGCUCUUCUCGGGUUUUUGGGCUUGGUCGUAUGUUACUUGUGAAUGGUUUUGGUAGAAAAGCUGCACAGGCUCACGAUGACGGAUCUGAGCCAGCUAGUUAUUCAAAUGCUGGUGUACUGGACCAGAAAAAUGAGCAGCACAGAGUUGAGUACCAAGCAUUUCCGGAGACAUCCUUCAGAGAUCAGUUUGAGCAUGGAACUGGUAUUGAUUCAUCUCCUUCGUCACCACCACUUGAACAUAUGAAAAUAUCUUUCCUUCCCGUAGAUGGCAUUGAAACUUCCAUACUCAAACUGAAAUUAUCUGAUGGCAAUCAAGGCCAUGAAAGCGUAAGAGACAUGUUUCAGUCAUUUCAGUUGAUCCCAGAACCUGCUAUUGCCUUGCAUGAAUUUGGUUCUGAUUCCGAUGAUGACACAUUCUGUAGAUCAUCUCCAUAUAUAUCAGAUGAUUGUCAUAGUCAACUCUCGGAGUCGAAUUCUGAACAAUGGGAAUCUAGUGAAACUCUAGAAAGAAAUAACCAUGGACUGUAUGAUGGUUUAUGUGGAAUCUCAUCAGAGGAACUUAUAUCCACCUCCCCGGAACUGGGCGGAAUAUCCCAUAAUGCCACUUAUGAUGAUGGUGGAAGUAAAAGUGUGCACACCGAGAAUGGUCUGGAACAUUCUCUCUCUGAUCCUGUACUUGAUCUUCCAAGUUUCGAUGCUUUGGGACCUGUACUUCAGCAAGAAACAAAAGAUGAUUCAGAUCCAAAGGAUCUCCCCGGUUUGAGAUGUUCAGUGGAUUAUACACCAGGACCACCACCUCUCCCUCCAGUGGAAUGGCGUGCUUCAAAACCUCCCUCGAAUGUUACAGAAGAAAAACAAGAUGCAUUCGAAGGUUUUCGACAUGCAUUAAAUGCAGAACUAUUGGGGUCUAUCACCCUCCAGCAACCUAAGCCACCAGUACAGCAACAACAAAUGAAUGAGGAUUUCAUUAAACCAAAACGCAAGCAGGACCAGCACUUGAAUGGGCAGAAAGAAGCUGAUCAGGCUCUUAAUGGCAAAGGGAUGGACGAAAAAGAAGAUUUCCUACAACAAAUCAGAACAAAGUCAUUCAACCUGAGACGCACAGUACCAGCUAAGGCAGCCGACACACCAGUACCCACCACCAAUUUCAAAGUCACUGCAAUUUUAGAGAAAGCAAACGCCAUUCGCCAGGCUGUUGGGAGCGAUGAAGGUGACGAUGACGAUACCUGGAGUGACACUUGAUUCGAUCGUGGCUAUUCCAUCCCGGGAAAAACAAUCCGCUUGUUGGUUGGAGUUCACAAACUUGGCCGAGGCUGUGUUAUAUAUAUGUGAAUAACUUGAGUUUCUUUUGUAAUUAGGUGUAGGUGCUAAUCUUGUAUCCAUCCAGUGCAGUAAUUUUGAUUGAUCCCUUUACAUAUUUGAGGCAACCAUUUAUGUAAAGGGUGGUCCUAUCCACACACGCCUUUUUACCUUUCACACACUUCAUAUUAAUUUUUGUCAUUUGAUCUGACAACCGAAAAUUGAGAAAAGUGUGUAGAAGGUAAAAAAGGUGCGUGGAUAGCACCACCCUAUAUAAAAUGCCUAAAUAUAUAAAUUGUUGCUGUUUGAUUAUAUUUCGAGAAAUUGCUUUCUUAAUUUCUACUAAUUAAUGAAAUCCUCUUUGUCAA